AUGUCUGCUCCAGCCCAAAACUAUAAAAUUGCCGAUAUCUCUUUAGCUGCCUUCGGUAGAAAGGAAAUCGAAUUAGCUGAACAUGAAAUGCCAGGUUUAAUGGCUAUCAGAGAUGCUUACGCCUCCGUCCAACCAUUAAAGGGUGCUAGAAUCGCUGGUUGUUUACACAUGACCAUCCAGACUGCUGUUUUAAUUGAAACUUUAGUUGCUUUAGGUGCUGAAGUCACUUGGACUUCCUGUAACAUUUACUCUACCCAAGACCAUGCUGCUGCUGCCAUUGCUGCUUCUGGUGUCCCAGUCUUUGCUUGGAAGGGUGAAACCGAAGAAGAAUACUUAUGGUGUAUUGAACAGCAAUUAUUCGCCUUCAAAGAUGGUAAGAAAUUGAACUUAAUCUUAGAUGAUGGUGGUGAUUUAACUUCUUUAGUUCACGAAAAAUACCCAGAAAUGCUAGAAGACUGUUUCGGUUUAUCUGAAGAAACCACCACUGGUGUCCACCACUUAUACAGAAUGAUGAGAGAAGGUAAGUUAAAGGUCCCAGCCAUUAACGUUAACGACUCCGUCACCAAAUCUAAAUUCGACAACUUAUACGGUUGUAGAGAAUCUUUAAUCGAUGGUAUCAAGAGAGCCACCGAUGUUAUGUUGGCUGGUAAGGUCGCCGUCGUUGCUGGUUACGGUGAUGUCGGUAAGGGUUGUGCUGCUGCUUUAAGAGGAAUGGGUUCCCGUGUCCUUGUCACUGAAAUUGAUCCAAUUAACGCUUUACAAGCCGCUAUGGAAGGUUACCAAGUCAUUACCAUGGAAGAAGCUGCUUCCGUCGGUCAAGUAUUCGUUACCACCACCGGUUGUAGAGAUAUCAUCAGAGGUGAACACUUCGCCAAGAUGCCAGAAGACGCUAUCGUCUGUAACAUUGGUCAUUUCGAUAUCGAAAUUGAUGUCGCUUGGUUAAAGGCUAACGCCAAGGAAUGUAUCAACAUCAAACCACAAGUUGACCGUUACUUAUUAGACUCUGGUAGACACGUUAUCCUAUUAGCUAACGGUAGAUUAGUCAACUUAGGUUGUGCCACUGGUCACUCUUCUUUCGUUAUGUCCUGUUCUUUCUCCAAUCAAGUCUUAGCUCAAAUUGCUUUAUUCAAGGCUGAUGACAAAGAAUUCAGAGAAAGACACAUUGAAUUCCAAAAGACUGGUCCAUUCAGCACUGGUGUUCACGUCUUACCAAAGAUCUUAGACGAAGCUGUCGCCAAGUUCCAUCUUGCUAAAUUAGGUGUUCAAUUAACUAGAUUAUCUGACGUUCAAUCCGAAUACUUAGGUAUUCCACAAGAAGGUCCAUUCAAGGCUGACCACUACAGAUACUGA